AUGAACGAUUAACACGACACGUGAAUAUCCCAUCACAACAUGAUGUCAAUGGUUAAGAGUUAAAAACCACGAUGGUUUAAUCAACGGGUAAAAGUUCCCUACGUCUCUAUAUUAUGCGACACAAUGUACACAAAUCUAGCCCUUUCCACCAUCAAUUUCCAAUUUCCAAUCUUAUCUACUAGCAAUUCUUUCGAAUUGAAUUGUUCUCCCAAACUUCAUCCCUAAAAACCUUUUGAAAUCACGGGAAAAAACCCUAAUUUCUUGAAUCUCUUAAUCAAAUGGGAGAAUCGAAGAUGUCAGAGAUGUCGUUACCAUCUCUCUACGAACAAGCUCGUAAAAUUCACGAGUUGGCUUCUGAUGUCUCCGUCGACCAGGAAACUUUACGAAAAGCGUGUGAAACGCUGGAGAAGUGCGAGGAUAUGAUUAGCAAAUUGGGAUUAUUUUCGUCUAAUGAAACUAAAGAUGAUAUUAGCACUGCUAAUCUCAAGUAUAUUUUGGCACCAUAUUAUUUGGGUGAGUUGACUGAAAAAAUCUCACAGGAAGAUCGGUUACAAAUUGUAAAGGCUUCGCAAACAAAACUGAAGGAAUUUGUGUCAUUUUGUGAAGCCAUGGAGCUCAUACCUGAAGAAGAAUUAGAGUCUUUUAGGCAAGGUGGUUCGAACACCUUUGCUGAUAAAAGAGCCAAAAAGAUUGCUCGGUUUAAACGACAGAAAGCUGCUGAGUCUAAACUACUGGAAAUUAAAGAGCGUAGGGAACGACGUGGGCGUUCAACAAGAGCUUCAGCAUUAUCUACUCCAGUUGAGGCAGGAGAGGAAGAUGUGUUGGAUGAUGAUGGUGAGGAAGAGAGGGAGGCUUGGCUUAUCACCAUCUCAUUGGCACUUUGCAAGGCCUUGGAUUUGCUUGAAAUGUUGAAGAAAGAGGAAGAGAUGCUUUCUGCUGUGAAGGAGAGACAGAUGCAGGAUGGGGGCAAGGAAUUCAAUGAGUCCAUUCUAGAUGAGCGUACGAGGAAGGCAGAAUCGUGGCAUCGUGAUGCUGCUGUUCGAGCUCAAUACACAAAACCAGCACAGCCUAUAACAUGUGCUACUUUUGCUCAAGAUGUUUUAGAAGGAAGAGCAAACGUUUCACAGGCACAUGAACACAAACAUCAGCCCCUCAUGUUUGGGCCUGCUAGUCUUGUGGGCGGGCAUCUCACUACUGAAAGAGAGAGAAUGAUGGCACAGGUUUUUCAACCUGGUCACAGGUUACCAACCAUGAGUAUAGAGGAAGCUGGUGAAAGGGAGAUGGAGAUAAUGAACAAUUGGCAGGAGAAUACUAAGAAGUUCAUCGAGGAAUCAAAUUCCGCAUGGUACAAGGAUCCUAUCAAACCAGGUCCCCCAGAGGAGGAUGAAGAUGAUGACGCUGCAGUUGAUAGAGCCAGAGCAUUUGACGAUUGGAAAGAUGAUAACCCCCGUGGCGCAGGAAACAAAAAGCUCACUCCUUGUGGUUGAACAAAAGUCGAAAACUUAUUGUCGGGACAACACAGGUUGAAUGACAAUAGCUUUAGUAGUAGAAUUUCCCGACUUCAUUUGUAGAUCACGGUAUGCUUCUCCUGUGCACGGUUGUAUGAGAUAUCUUCCCGAGCAGGUGAGUUACGCUUGUUACUGAUUAUUGAAAUUUCAGUAUAUUGUAUCAAGUACGAACUACAUGCUGUAAAUUAGAAAUGAACUUCCGGUGGGUUGCAUAUGGAUUAUGACAUACGUUCCAUACUGUAUUAGCUGUAGUUUGAAUUAGUUUUGAUGAUUUAUAAUAUUAAAAAUUGAGAUGGGAUCAGCAAAGAACAUGUCACAUGUCUUUUAAUAGUGCCCUCAUGAUGGUUGUUAUGUUAUGUUAUGUAAUAAUACAAUAUUAUGGGCAUUUCAAUUUGACCCAAUAUAUUUUUCAUUUUUCAUUGCUGAGUAUAGGCUUAGAACCAUGAAGAUUAAACCUA